UGUUUGGUGUUGCACUUUAGAAUCGUUAUAUUUUCUAAAACUUCUAUUUUUGAUAUAAACAUGGCUGACUCGACAUUAAACGACGUUAGCAAAAUGAAGGUAGUCGAUUUGCGUAAAGAGUUAAAGUCACGUGGGCUCUCUUACGCCGGCGACAAAGCCGAGUUGAUAGCGAGGCUGCAGGGCGCAAUGGCACAGGACGAGCAUGCAGACAUCAACCUGGACUCCGACGAGAUAGAUUCAGACGGAGUGCUAGAAGACGAGGACGACAAGAGCCAGAACGAUAUACUCGACGACUCGGCCGUGGACACUAUAAACGAGGAGUUGGCGCUCGCCGACGCUUCGCCGCCAAAACCCGCCGCCGAGCCCAAACCGCCGAGAACACUGAAACGGAAGAUCGCUAUAGACAACGGCAAAACGGACAAAAAAGAGGAGGGCAGUAAAAAGAUUGUCUUGAACAGAACCACAUCCAUAACUACAAUAACAGCCCCAAAAGUGACCGAGGAGGAAGACGAAAAGGAACCCGCAGCCGAGCCAGAGCCGGUCAAUAAUACGUCGAACAAAAUAAAAAUAACCUGUGAAAUGGACGCCAAGACGAGGUUAGAAAUGAGAGCCAAACGUUUCGGUCUGCCGGUGAAAAUGAGUGACGCUGAACGCAAGGAGGCUAGGAAACAAAGAUUUAAUCAGAACUCUGUAAGUGCACCCAACAGUACACCAGAAUCUGGAGCCACAUUGACAGAAAACAUUGAAAAAUUACGGAAAAGAGCGGAAAGAUUUGGGCAAAAUGUAUCUUCCAUAAUGACAGUAAUAGAGAAUAAGGAAAAGUUGGAGAAACGCAAGGAAAAAUUCAACAUUGUGAAGUAGAAUUGACUUUUUGACUUUAAUCAUAAUGAAACUACUGUAAGUUGUUUCCAAACUUAACUUUUCAUAAUUACAGCAAAGAUUUAAUACAUAAAAAAGAAUUUAAGUAACAGCAUGUGACGAUAGGUCUUUUAAUUGCGCUUUCAAAGAAUCAGCAAAAAGCAACAAGAAAAUAGUAGGUAAUGGUAACCUAACACUUUCUUUGUUUUUCUUCAUCAACAUAUUUUGUUGAAUUUUGUAUUAUUAUAUUAAUAAUAAUAAUAUUGUAAUUUACAAUAUCUUGUAGAUUACUUGUAUUGUUUUCUAUAUUACAUUCAUUGUUUAUUAAAUUGUGAUAUAAUGUGACAUUCUUUCCAAGUAAAAAUCUCUUUUAGUAUCUUCAAACCACAUUAUAAAUUUUUUUUAUGUGGAUGAUCAUUUUGGUUUAAGUU